AUGGCGACUGAUCUUGCAACGAUCCAUGGUACAGAAAAGGAUAAAGUGAAUUGCAGCUUUUUCUAUAAAGUGGGUGCGUGUCGGCAUGGUGAUGCAUGUAGUCGAAACCAUCAUCGACCGGAAGUUUCACCGACGAUCUUACUAACAAAUAUGUAUGACAAUCCUCUUAGUCACAAAGAAGAGGAAAAGAUGACUGCGGACGAACUCAAAGUUGUUCGGGACGGGUUCAACGUGUUUUACGAAGACGUUUUCAAUGAACUUGCGGAGCGUGGGGAGAUCGAUGAGAUGAUCGUUUGUGCCAACUUGAAUGAGCACAUGUUAGGUAAUGUAUUUGUCCGAUUUCACGACGUCAAGGGCGCUGAGAGUGCCAUGAAAAUAUUAUUAGCAAGGUAUUAUGGUGGGCGGAUGAUUCAACCCAGUUAUUCCCAUGUGACUGAUUUCAGAGACGCUAAAUGUAAACAACAAGAAGCCGGAAAUUGCGAGAGAGGGGGCUUCUGUAAUUUCAUCCACGUACUCGAGCCUAAUCACGCCCUUAAAAGAAAACUCCUUGAAAGACAGCCAUUAAGAAGACAACGGCUUGGUCUUAAGCCAUAUUGA